AGUUGAUUCAAGUCCAGAUUUACAGGUUCUGAAAGUUGAUUCAAAUUCAGAUGUACAGACUCAGAAAGUUGAUUCAAGUCCAGAUUUACAGGCUCUGAAAGUUGAUUCAAAUUCAGAGCUGCUAGCUCAAAAAAUGGAAUCAAAUCUAGAUGUCCAGGCUCAGAAAAUUGAUUCAGUUCUAGAUGAACAAAGUAAGAAAAUUGAUUUAGAUCAUCACCUACUUGUCAGAGAGUACACUGGACAGUGUGGUCAAGAAUUGUUUCAGGAUGUGCAUGCUCAGAAAAUUAACUUUCAUUCGAAUCCAGAUAGAGAUAUCGGAGCCAAUACAGAAAAAUGUAGUAAAGAAUUAGUUCAAGACGCUAAUUUAUAUCUUUGUGCCACUGAUAGUACAAAUAAACAUAGUGUGCAUAAUAAUGAACCUAACAAUAUAAAAAAUAAUAUACGCCAGGACUUUCAUUCUGAUCUUGGUUUUCAUGAAAAUGAUGACAUGAAGCCAAUUUCAGUUUUGGCCGGCCCAUCAUCAGUUUGCUCAGAACAAUUUUCAAAUAGUCCAGACCAUUUUGAAACUGGCCACAAAAAUGUCACACCAACAGAAAAUCUUGCCGAUUCCUUCUUCAUACAAGAAGAUAACGAAACAAAUCAAGAGCAAACGAUUUCAUCUGAAUUGAAAACCAUGAUUGAUAACAUUUCAAAUCAUGAUCACGAUGAAAGUCUAGAUAAUUUUGCCUGUGUAGAUGAUGUGGAUGUUUUGAAUCUUGAAUUGGAAGUUGAGAAGCCAGAUUUGGUGGAAUCGACGUCUGCUUCCAAUGAGGACAACAAAAAUUAUGACAUCACACUGAGGGAUAAAACGGAGACUGGUCAACACAAUGUAGUCGUUAUUAAACUUCAUGAAAGUGCGCACGAAGAUUUCGCGGACACCGAUUUCACCGACUUUGAACCUGUCCAUUGCUCAUACCGUGAUCUCGUAACACAGAUGCAACAACAAGCUAUUAACAGUAGUUCUGAUUGCCAUGACAAUAACUUUCUUGGUGAUGCAAGUGGGAGGAAAACUAGUGCUAUGGAAAACAGUGAGGUUAGUGAAAACGUCGCAGGUACUGAAACAGUGUUGAGUGAGGACCGCAAUGAAUCGGAAGAUUUUUUCUUCGUAGACGACGAACCUAUUCACAUGUCGUUAGAUGAAGUGCUCCACAUGCAACCACAUCGUCAUGGUGAACCCCGUUCUGUGAUAACGUCGUCAGCUACUCAACGAAAUACGGCUAUGCUGGCUUCAAACGCUGUUCCAUCAUUUAGAAACGAGGAUCAAACAGAACCAUCCAAUGAACUUACUACCUCAGACUACCAUGAAGCCUUUAUGGAGAGCAUGUCACAGCUAAAAGAUUGUGGCUGGUACUGGGGACCUCUCAGUUACAGCGAGGCUCAGUCCAUGUUGAUGACGAAGCCCGAUGGGUCGUUUCUGGUCCGAGACAGUUCCAGUGAGAACUACAUCCUUAGCCUGUCCUUCAAGUGUAUGGGAACCGUGUGUCACACGAGGAUAGAGCACCACAAAGGUGUGUUCAGUUUCUUCUCACAGCCUGAGUCCCACGGAACGUCGACGAUCCGUAAAUUCAUCGAACAAGCCGUCGAGUUUUCACACACGGGACAGUUCCUCUAUUUCCUUCGUCCACUGAUUCCUGGUUCACCGCCAGUCGCAAUCCAACUUUUAUACCCCGUGUCUCGUUUCCUCAAAGUGCCCUCCCUGCAGCACAUGUGCAGGUUUCUGAUCUUGCGUUGGGUUCGCAGGGACCACAUUGACAAUCUGCCCGUGCCCGAGAAGGUGAAGAACUAUUUGAGGGAACAUCAGUACUACGUUGAAAAUCUGGAGGAUGAGGGGGUGUUAGUCGAGAGGGAGGAACGGAGAAUACGGUCUUCGUGAACAUCAGUACUACGUUGAAAAUCUGGAGGAUGAGGGGGUGUUAGUCGAGAGGGAGGAACGGAGAAUACGGUCUUCGUGAACACAAGAGGGUGGACGUACCUGUAGCCCACUGCUAAAGCGCUCACUUGAUGUGCAGUCAGUCUAGGAUCGAUCCUCGCUGGUGGGACCAUUGGGUCUAUUUCUCGUUCCAGCCAGUGCACCACAACUGGUAUAUCAGAGGCCGUGGUAUGUGC